ACCCCGGCUUUGGUCAGCGUCAGGAGGUGGAGCAGGUCUGGAGAGGGAGGUUGUGGUGGUGGAAGAGGAUCGGCGGCUGAUGGCGGCUCAGGCUCGGAAGCCUCUCUAACAUUCCCUUCUGCCCGGGAGCUCCUCGAAUCCUGGCAAACCUCAGGUGGAGAGGCUAACAGACAUCCAGCCUGGUGUUCUACCACAGUAGCUUCCAGAUUCACAAUGACAUCCUUUCAAGAAGUCCCAUUGCAGACUUCCAACUUUGCCCAUGUCAUCUUUCAGAAUGUGGCCAAGAGUUACCUUCCUAAUGCACACUUGGAAUGUCAUUACACCUUAACUCCAUAUAUCCAUCCACAUCCGAAAGAUUGGGUUGGUAUAUUCAAGGUUGGAUGGAGUACUGCUCGUGAUUAUUACACGUUUUUAUGGUCCCCUAUGCCUGAACAUUAUGUAGAAGGAUCAACAGUUAAUUGUGUGUUAGCAUUUCAAGGAUACUACCUUCCAAAUGAUGAUGGAGAAUUUUAUCAAUUCUGUUAUGUUACCCAUAAGGGUGAAAUUCGUGGUGCAAGUACACCUUUUCAGUUUCGAGCUUCUUCUCCAGUUGAAGAGUUGCUUACUAUGGAAGAUGAAGGAAAUUCUGACAUGUUAGUGGUGACCACAAAAGCUGGCCUUCUUGAGUUGAAAAUUGAGAAAACCAUGAAAGAGAAAGAAGAACUGUUACAGUUAAUUGCUGUUCUGGAAAAAGAAACUACACAACUUCGAGAACAAGUUGGAAGAAUGGAAAAAGAACUUAACCAUGAAAAAGAAAGAUGUGACCAACUGCAAGUGGAGCAAAAGGGUCUUAUUGAAGUCUCACAAGGUUUAAAAAUGGAAAAUGAAGAAUUUAAAAAGAGAUACAAUGAUGCUACAUCCAAAGCUCUCCAGCUUGAGGAGGACAUUGUGUCAGUGACACACAAAGCAAUUGAAAAAGAAACUGAAUUAGACAGUCUGAAGGACAAACUCAGGAAGGCACAAUAUGAAAGAGAACAACUAGAAUGUCAAAUGAAGACAGAAAAGGAUGAGAAGGAACUUUAUAAGGUACAUUUGAAGAAUACAGAAAUAGAAAAUACCAAGCUUGUGUCAGAGGUCCAGACUUUAAAGAAUUUAGAUGGGAACAAAGAAAGCAUGAUUACUCAUUUCAAAGAAGAAAUUAGUAGACUGCAGUUCUGUUUGGCUGAAAAGGAGAAUCUGCAGAGGGCUUUCUUGCUUACAACCUCAAGUAAGGAAGAUACAUUUUUUUUAAAGGAGCAACUUCGUAAAGCAGAGGAACAGGUUCAGGCAACUCGGCAAGAAGCUGCCUUUCUGGCUAAAGAACUUAGUGAUGCUGUAAAUGUGCGGGAUAAAACAAUGGCAGAUCUACAUACUGUACGCUUGGAAAAUGAGAAAGUAAAAAAGCAAUUAGCUGAUGCAGUGGCAGAACUUAAACUAAGUGCUGUGAAAAAAGACCAGGAAAAGACUGAUACACUGGAACAUGAGUUGAGAAGAGAAGUUGAAGAUCUGAAACUUCGUCUUCAGAUGGCAGCAGAUCAUUAUAAAGAAAAAUUCAAGGAAUGCCAGAGGCUCCAAAAACAAAUAAAUAAACUUUCAGACCAGUCAGCUAAUAACAAUAGUGUCUUGACCAAGAAAAUUGGAAGUCAGCAGAAAGUGAACGAUGCCUCAAUAAACACAGACCCAGCUACUGCAGCCUCUACUGUAGAUGUAAAGCCAUCAGCUUCUGCAGCUGAGACAGAUUUUGACAAUCUAACUAAGGGGCAAGUCUCUGAAAUGACCAAAGAAAUUGCUGACCAAACAGAAAAGUAUAAUAAAUGUAAACAACUCUUGCAGGAUGAGAAAAAGAAAUGCAAUAAAUAUGCUGAUGAACUUGCAAAAAUGGAACUGAAAUGGAAAGAACAAGUGAAAAUUGCUGAAAAUGUAAAACUAGAACUAGCUGAAGUAGAGGACAAUUACAAACUUCAGUUGGCAGAGAAAGACAAAGAAAUAAAUGGUCUAACUUCACAUUUGGAAAAUCUCUCCAGGGAGAAGGAACUUAAAAGGAGUAUAGAAAAUAAAGCAGAAAGGAAAAUGGAAGGUCAGAAUACCCAGAGUCCUCAACAGAUCUCACAGCAUCGCAACACUAGCUCAGAGCAAAAUGGUCAUGUUCCUGCAGUGCCAAAUACACAACCAGUUCUGCAGUAUGGUAAUCCUUAUGCGACACAGGAAACAAGAGAUGGCGCAGAUGGCGCUUUUUACCCAGAUGAAAUCCAAAGGCCGCCUGUGAGAGUGCCCUCCUGGGGACUGGGAGAUAACGUUGUCUGCAGCCAGCCUGCUCGAAACCUUAGUCGGCCUGAUGGUUUAGAAGACCCUGAGGAUAGUAAAGAAGAGGAGAAUGUGCCCACUGCUCCUGAUCCCCCAAGUCAGCAUUUACAUGGGCAUGGAACAGGCUUUUGCUUUGAUCCCAGCUUUGAUGUUCAGAAGAAAUGUCCACUUUGUGAAUUAAUGUUUCCUCCCAACUAUGAUCAGAGCAAAUUUGAAGAGCAUGUUGAAAGUCACUGGAAGGUGUGCCCAAUGUGCAGUGAGCAGUUCCCUCCUGACUAUGACCAACAGGGGUUUGAAAGGCAUGUACAGACCCAUUUUGAUCAGAAUGUUUUAAAUUUUGAGUAACUUUAUUAGGAAUAAUACAGUUUAGAAAAAAAAAUGUACCCCCUCAAAUAGACCACUAAGGAGACCACAAGGUGUCACUUCCAUGCACCCUUCACCACACUUUGCUGACCAAGAGCUACUGUUGAGUUUGGUGUUACAGGGUCAGGUCUUUGGCUUAUCAAUCAAUAUGAUUUUAACCUCUGUUAAUCUUACCUGCUUAAGAAGUUCUUGUGUGUUUAUAUCUUUAUUUAUUCCCCCUUUUGCAAAAUUAUAUGAAAAAAGGAAACAGGAAUUAGUUUGUUACCGCACUAAAAAAUACACAUGUAUAGUGUGUUAUGUAGCAGAAUAUUUACAAGUUUUUGUUGACCUUGUUGAUGGAGCAUGAUUACUAAAAAUUAUGUAAUAAAAUGAAUUUAUCAUAACAGCCCUGCAAAGUAAUUCUUUGAACAAACUUCCAUAAUUUAGUCUAUGAAAUGGUGUUUUUUUUUUUUUUCUUAAAACCCUUUAGAAAGGAAGCUGCAUGUAGAAUGAGAUCAUGUGCUUGCAAGGUAGGAAAUAGCCUUUUUAUAGUUGAAAUCUUUGCUUUAGGAAUUAAUAGAAGGCAUAUUUUGCUAAUUUCAUGACUAAAAUUUUUUAGAAUAACCCGAAUGAUCACUUCUAAGCCAUCUUAAAGUUAUAUUUCUAUCUGGGGAAAUGGAACAAGGUAUGUCAGUGUAAUAGUUUAAUAUUAAAUCAUAUACUAAACAGUGGUGUUUGUGUCAUAAGAUCACAGAAAAUGUAUUCUUUGUCUUUUUUAUUUUCUUGGUAAGAAAUAUAACUUAAUGUUUAGUGAUUAAAUACGUAAUGCAUAAACCCAAAUCAGAUUAACGUGUUACCUCUCUGCUGUGUGCUCACUAACGUUGAAGAGGACACAUUUUUAGAGGUGUGUAAUUUGUCAGGUUUGUGAUAAUUUUUCAUUAAAUCUAGCAUCUUGAAUGUC